UAUAGUUCGACUCUGAAGUAUAUUAAAGAAAGGACGCACGUUAUAUUAGGGAAAAGUUAAUAAAAAAAAUUACAUAUGUAACAAAUGGAAAUUAUAUUUUUCUCGGGUUGCGAAGAAGUGAACACUGCUAGAGUAUUGUAUAAAAAAAGUGUAAGACUUACAAUUUUAUAGUGAAACCCCUAGAAAUCAUAUUCAAGUAGGCUCGUCUGGAAGUAAGGUUCCUAAUUAGUGAUGUUGACGUGCGCGAGCGUCGGGCUCUAUGAGUGAAAGUUCGAAUCUGACUUUUCCAAGGUGAAAAUGGGACUAAAACAAGUGAACUAACUAAAAAAGUUUAAUGACCGAAAUUUAAAUGGAGAACGUUGGUUUUCCAUCAGGCGGUGAGUGUGGUGAGGAGAUUGAACGUGCCCUAAUGGAUAUAGGACCGCUGCUCGGUGUUACCAUCAAGGAGGAGGCUCCGGACGAACUCACUGACGGGUCUUCGUCACGAAUUAAUGUAAGUGGCAUAGAUGGCACAAAUCCAGUGGCCGGUGAGGUCAGCAAGACAGAGGAGAAUGCUGAUUCCCUGGCCUCUCCGACACGAGCCAACUUCCUCAGUACACGCUGUGUAUUCUGUAACACACAACUCGCUCAGACAGACGGAGUCCCCAAGCUUAUGGAGUGUUUACAUUCAGCUUGCGAGCCGUGCAUCAAGUCGAAGAUUGAGGAGAAGCUGGCCGGUAGCAGGGACUUCUUAGGGGCUGGUCGUGUAACUAUCCGUUGUUCAGCGUGUCGUCUCCACUGCCAGCCGGGGAACAUGAUCGACCAGCGGUUCGUGAUGGAGAAGGUGGCCCUCGAUCACACAGGCAACAACGGUUCCCUGAGCGGGGAGCAGGCUUGUAACAGCUGCGAGGACCCGGAGCCGGCCACCAGCUACUGUGUGGACUGUGCAGAGUUCAUCUGUGACAACUGUGUACACGCGCACCAGAGGCUUAAGAUCACCAAGGACCACACCAUAAAGUGUAAGGAGGAGGCGGUGUCGGAGUUGCAGGCGGCGCAGGCGGGCGCGAGGACGGCUCACGACAUGUACUGCAGGGAUCACCCCCAGGAGCGUUUGACGUUGUUCUGUGAGACGUGCGACCGCCUGACCUGCCGGGACUGUCAGCUGCAGCAUCACAGAGACCACAAGUACCAGUUCAGCACAGAGAUGGCGGCGCAGGCUCGGGGCAGUAUCGCAGCCCUACUGUCUGAGGUGAGCUACAAGCGGGUGCUGUUGGGGUCCGCCAUGAAGGUCAUCAGGGACCGCCAGCUCCUCAUAGCUGACAAGAAGAAGGCGCUGGUCCACGAAAUCACACAGACUGUCGUCAAGUUAACGAACGCCAUCAACACUCGCGGCAAGCAGUUGGUGUUGCGCCUGAACGAGGUGUGUGACGCCAAGCAGAGGACGCUCAGCGAGAAGAAAGACGCCCUGGAACAACUGGCGGCCAUCACCGACCACUGUGUGGACUUCGUUAACGCUGCACUGGAACAGGGCAGCGACACAGCGGUACUCCACAGUAAGCGGGCGGUGUGCGCUCACCUACAGAGGAUCAAGAGUCGAAGGGCGGACAUACCCAACCCGGAAAUACCCGUCCGGAUAUCACUCGCGCUCGACAAACUACCUGACCUUAUCAGAGUGCUUUCAAACAUCGGAGCGAUAGUGGUGGAUGGGAAGGUGGACGGGGGGUCGGGGGGGAGCAGCGGCUCGGCGGGGGUAGGAGGAGCGGCGGGGGGAGGGGCAGCGGCCGGCAACAGCGGGGCGGGGGCUCUGGGGCCCUACCACGCCGCCGCGCCUCCGCACUCCGCGGUAGUCGCCCUGCAGCAGGUCGCCAUGCAUCAGUCGUUCGUGCAGGCGGUGUCGGGGCCGGGGAGCGCGGUCGGCAGUCCUGGCGGCGCGGCCUACCUCGGCCUGCAGAGAACGCGCGCCCACACGCCGCUGAGACACCCGCACGUCACCUCCACCACUCACCCUCACCAUCUCCACGGGAUGAACGAGAUGAACCUCAACCUGCGAGGCCUGCUGAACGCGAGCGGUGUGAGGCGCGGCCCGCCGCCCGGCCCCGGGCCCGCCACCGCCCCGCCGACGCACGCCAUGCAGCACCCCUACCACCAGAUAAUGGGCGGGUACGGGAACAACGUGUACGGGAGCGGAGCGCCCAGCGGCAGGAGGAGCGGUGGGCCGAGGACACCUUCGCCCGCCCCGCACCACCCGCCCGCCCCACACCACACGCACCAGCCGCCGCCCGCCAAGUGGCACAUCCCGCAACACGGACUGGCCAAUGUGGACAUGCUGUCGGUGGGUGUGUCGGAGGGCGGCCUGACCCCGGCGGCCGACUACAAGAUAACCCUGGGCCGAGCGCGCGCCACGUCCGCCGUCACCUCCACCAACCCCAAGACACCCAGCCCCAGUCUCAAUGGGGCGGGCGCGUCGGAGUUGGACAAGGUGUGCGCGGAGUCGGUCCAGGACUUGAUGGCUACCAUCGCCAAGCUGGACUCCAACGGCGUGCAAGUGGUGGCGGAGGCGGCGGGCGCGGCGGGGGCUAACUCCCCGGCCAUCGUGCACUCGUCCACGGACACGGGCGGAGCCCCGGCCGUCGCCGCGCCCGCCGCAGGGGACCCCAACGAGGACUGGUGCGCCGUCUGCAUGGACGGCGGGGAGCUCAUGUGCUGCGACAAGUGUCCCAAGGUGUUCCACCAGUACUGCCACAUACCCACCAUCGAGAAACUGCCAGAGGAGACGGAGUCUUGGCAAUGUCUGUUGUGUGUUAACUUCGCGGAGGAACAUGCGUCCGAGGAGUUGGAGGUGGAGGGCGAGUUAGGGAAACGCGGCCGGAAAAUCGUGGAGCGGAUCACCCUGGAGAUGUACUGCCAGUACGAACUGUCGCUAGCCUUCAGAGAGCCCGUUCCCACCACGGACAUACACUAUCACAACGUGAUCGAGCGCCCCAUGUGUCUGGACACGAUCCGCGCGCGCCUCCAGCCGCGCUCGCCCUCUCGCUACACCCGCCUGGACCAGUUCGUGUCGGACUGUCGACUGCUGUUCCGCAACGCUUACAAAUAUAACACGCCGGACUCUCAAGUGUACAAGGACGCGAAACGUCUGGAAGAGUUCUUCGACUCGCAGCUGGUGAAGUGGCUGCCGGAGUUCGCGUACUGGAACGGCGAGGGCGAGCCGCCGAGGAAGCGGCCGCGAUGUGACUGACGACCGUCUGCGCCGCCCGCGCACCCUCCGGGCUACCCCCCGCCCGGGGCUCCGCUGACGAGCCUACUGCGGCGCCCUACACCCCACCUCGCCCAGUACGCGCCGCACCACGUGGUGCUAGCCCUGCCAAGAUAUAUGCCGCACUAGUGAACUCAUACAAUGUGCUAACUUUUGAACCCUAUGCAGCAAGACUCUUAACCUCUAAAGGUCAAACGACAAACUGACAGUAUCUAGUUGUUAAUUUUAAACCUGCGUUCACACUACGGUCUACAUGGAUCGAUUAAUGAUAAUUUGGAAAUAUGGUACAUGUGGUAUGGAUACCGUUCCGUGUAUUAGUAUUGGCCAGUAGCAAAUACAAAAUGACUAUACAGUGACUUGUGACAGUUCGUGGAAGUGAUAUAUUAAAUAUUAGUUAAAUAAAAAAUAUUAACUUUACUGUAUAGGAAAACUGUUUCAAACCCUGUCUUAGUUGUGUUAAUGUAAAAGUUCCUUUGAGUUUGUGCGUAAACUAUUUGUUGGCAGCACUGUUAUGUCAUAGACUGAUUCAUCGACCAGUUCCAACAUACAACAUUGCCUUAUUCUUGUUUGUCAUUCAACAAAAUUAAAUUAAAUGACAGACAUUUGUAAUAUAUUGAUCACUGGAAUAAAAUUGGCAAUGAAAUUUACAACAGUCUCAUAAACGAGGACAUCACUGUAAUUUA